GGCGCAGCCUCAAAAUCCAAACUAAGCGCAAACAGCUCGCUCUUCUGAGGUGAGUGCACAAGCGUGGAGAUCAUCGCAGCUUGCGUCAAGUCUUUUCCAUUAUUACUUCUAAUUCUUUUUCAUCCCGUACUGCAAGUCUGUGCUUCAAGUCAAGGAAAGCUGAGGAUUUCGGAACAGUCAGUUUCGAUUUGAUAAAGGAUGAGAAACACUGGGAUCAGGAGGAGACAUUUAGUUCCGUUUUGUCUCUCAGUGAGUAUCUUGCAGUUACUUGUGUUGUCUUGGGAAAUACUUAAAACUUCUGCAUGAAUGAUCAUCGUGGGGACUGCAGCCUUUUGUAAAGGCAUCCCCUGAAAAAUGAAACUAUUCCCUGUCGAGUACACCCCAGAAUGUAUCUGAUUGCACUCUUCGUUUCAUUUGCGUUUUGGAUUUAAAACACGUCUGGUGGAAAAGCGUGUGUGCAUAUUGAGCUGUGCUCAAUUUUGUCUACCGGUUGUAUCCUGGGUUUGCAUGUUUUUUGUUUGCAUUUUUGUUUUUUAAUCUUUUUUUUUGUUAAAUUUACCAUUUUGAUUUAACGACGUUGAUGCUGGAGUUUUCAGCAACACUGUUAUAAAAAUGCUGAACAGCGUUUUGUUGCUAAGCGUUUUAACAGUGACAGUUUUAUCCUCGAAGACUGAAAGCCGAAAAACUUCGAAAGACAUUUGUAAGAGUCGUUGCUUUUGCGAGGAAAGGGAGAACAUUUUGAACAUCAACUGCGAAAACAAAGGAUUUACCGCAGUCAGUCAAUAUCAACCACCCCAAAAUAAAAUAUGCCAACUCUUUCUUAAUGGGAACUUUCUGUCUCGACUCAACCCCAACGAGUUUGUGAAUUACGGCAAUGUUACAAGCCUUCAUUUGGGGAACAAUGGUUUACAAGAGAUUAAAACGGGGGCUUUCACUGGACUUAAAAUUUUAAAGCGACUUCAUCUCAACAACAAUAUCUUGGAAAGUAUUAAAGAAGACACUUUCGCCGGUUUAGAAAGUUUGGAGUAUUUACAAGCAGAUUACAACUACAUCAGCUCAAUUGAGGCAGGUUCGUUCAACAAAUUGAAUAAAUUAAAAGUACUAAUACUUAACGACAACCUGCUGCCUUCGCUUCCGAACAAUGUGUUCCGCUUUGUUAUGCUAACGCAUCUGGAUUUGAGAGGGAACAGGCUGAAAACAUUGCCGUUUGCUGGUGUAUUGGAACACAUAGGAGGUAUUAUGGAAAUCCAACUGGAGGAGAACCCCUGGAAUUGUACAUGCGAUCUGAUCCCUUUGAAAGCCUGGCUGGACACAAUUUCCGUUUUUGUGGGUGAUAUAGUGUGUGAAACUCCUUUCAGAUUGCAUGGGAAAGACGUUACACAACUGAUUAGACAAGACAUUUGCCCGAGAAGAAAUGCUGGCGAUUCAAGUCACCGCGUAAUGCAGCCUCCCUCAGAUUCUCGGUACGGUCCCUUUCCAACGUUACACACAGGCAUCACCCCAACAAGAACACCGAAAGCGUCCCGUGCUCCUAAAAUGAGAAAUCGGCCCACACCUAGGGUGACGGCAUCCAGUAAAGAUAAACACAUAUUUGGACCCAUCAUGGUUUAUCAGACGAGAUCUCCCAUAACAAUUACAUGUCCAAAUAUAUGCAUCUGCACUCUACAGAAUCCGGAUAGUGGGCUGAACGUAAAUUGUCAAGAAAGGAAACUGCAUAAUAUAUCAGAUCUUCAUCCUAAACCAUCUUAUCCAAAGAAACUGCACCUCACUGGUAAUUAUUUACAAGUAAUAUAUAGACCUGACCUUACAGAAUAUAGUUCUUUGGAGCUCCUCCAUCUAGGAAACAACAGAAUAGCAGUUAUUCAGGAUGGGGCAUUUGAAAAUUUGACUAGUUUACGCAGACUUUACCUUAACGGUAAUUACAUCGAAAGACUUUCCCCCUCGUUGUUCACAGGGCUGCAGAGCCUUCAGUAUUUAUACUUGGAGUAUAAUAUUAUCAAAGACAUUCUGCCGCAAACUUUCAACUCAUUACACAAUUUGCAGUUACUGUUCCUUAACAACAAUUUGUUAAGAUCUUUGCCUGAUAACGUUUUUGGCGGCACAAUGCUUACCAGGCUUAACCUUAGAAACAAUCAUUUCUCUCAUUUACCCGUACGAGGUGUGUUGGACCAGCUCUCUGCAUUUAUUCAGAUUGAUCUCCAAGAAAACCCGUGGGAUUGUACCUGUGACAUUGUCGCACUGAAGAAUUGGAUGGAACUGUCCAGCACCAGCGUUGUAGUUAACGAAAUCACAUGUGACUCUCCCUCUAAACAAGCAGGGCGCCUUCUGAGGUCUCUACGAAACGAUGCGAUUUGCCCAGAAACAGGCGUAGUCACGGAAACCGCAGAUCCCUCUGUGAGUACGAGCACUGAUACAGCUCCCUCUACAGCUAGUGCAGCAUUGGACACUGUGUCAGAAAUGCACCCAGAAGUACCCUUGUCUGUUUUAAUUUUGGGUCUACUGGUUGUGUUCAUCCUGUCCGUCUGCUUCGGUGCAGGUUUAUUUGUAUUUGUGCUUAAACGUCGCAAAGGGGGUGACAACAUCCCUUCAGGUACCAAUAAUUUGGACUUGAAUGCGUUUCAGGUUCAGUAUGGCUCCUAUAACACAGAGCCAAGCACAGACAAACCGGAGAAUAAUGUAUAUAACUACAUACCACCGUCUGUAAAUCAGAUGUGCCAAAACCCUAUUUAUAUGCAAAAGGAAGAUGAUCAAGUAGCGUUCUACAGAAACCUAAAAGAAUUGAACUUUAGUUCCAUGGAUCCUAAAAAAGAUGAGCGGUCAAGAAGUCCUGCAUAUACUAUAAGCACAGUGGGGUUCGGUGAGAAACAGUCGUGUGGAAACCAAGAGUCGGAGCUGCUUUAUCAAAACGUUGCCGAACGAGUUAACGCGCUUCCAGCUGCGGGGAUACUAAACUAUAAUUUUUGCACCUUGCCCAAAAGACCUCCUGCGCCCCCAUACGAUUCGAGGCGCAACAACCAAGACAGGUUAAAUAAAGCGGUCUUGUAUGGGACCCCGAGGAAGUAUGCUGAACAGUGUCAAAACGAAUACCCUAUGCUUCCAGGGAAACUAAAGACAGUACCAGACUAUCUUGAAGUCCUGGAAAAACAUACUGCCAUUAGCCAAUUGUAAACAAAUUAGUAGACAUAGACUACAUCUAGGCAUAUAGCUAACCUGCAAAUAACGAGGACAACAUCUCGUAAACGAGAUUCAGACUUUAUUUUACUUGCAAGCUGUGUAAAUGAGAAAAUGAAAAAUAUGUAAAAAGUGAUGUUACGUUUUAUGUUUUACAGGUUACCUACUUGAAACGUAGGUUAUUUUUAAACAGGAAUAUGUAUAGUAGAGGUUUAUGCUUGUGAGAUGUCUUCGGUUAGAAUGAUUUUCAUUUUCAGAACUUCAACACAACUGAAUAAUUUUAAAUGUCAUUCCUGUACAUAGGGUCUGAUGCUGAUACGCAACGCAGUUGUUUAGUGUUCCAUUUUUUUUCCAGAAGUGCCUUUGCACUUAAAUGUAGGUCUAUUUUACCGUUGCUUUCUAUUCUAAAAUACAUUUGAAAAUAUUUGUUGUAUUUUAAGAAUCUUGAUGUAAAAUAGCAUUCAAUUAUAUAUCCAUUAUAUUACAUUAUAUUUAAAGGGUACACCUUAUUUAUAUGUAUUGAGUAAUAUUUGUAAAUAAAGGUGCCUUUUGAAUUGUUAAAUGUGCACACUUUUAACAGUGUAUGGUGUAAAUAUGACAGAAGUUCUAUUUUAACAAAACGUGUUUGUUUAUCUUCGAUUAGCGUUUCAAUAAGUACUUUCAGAAAUGCUUGCAUGUCAGUGAAUGCUCUGUUUGGCUGCCUUUUCAUUUAAAUAUACCAUAAGACCUCAGUGAGCUAUGCGAAACCCUGGCUGUGGCAGAGUUGUAACAGAGUGCGCAAUCCAGUGUACAGACGACAGUUCGUUAAUAGAAAAAAAUGAGCACAAUGUUACAAUGACAAUUAUUAUUUCAAUUGUUUCCUAAUUACAGCGGCACACAAUUUGUACCAUGUAGCCUAGUUCAUUUUGAAUAGCUCACACAUUACCAAAGACAUUGUUAGUUAUGAUGCUAUGUCGUCAAAGGAGCGUUUAUUAUGAUUUAGCGUUCUUCUGCUUGAGCUGGAUCCGUUUUUUUUUUACCUGUCAGUUUAGAAACUGAAGUAGAGUAGUAUAUCCCGUCACUCUGGACACCAUAUGAUUCCUUUAAUGGUAGCCUGUGCCUACGUCAAUUCCUUUAAUAAUGUCAAUGUUCCUGCUUAUGUCGGUGCCCUUUUUUAAAACACGGAUUGAGUCCUCAGUACCACAAAAUGCUUGUCACCUAAACAAAUAUGCUAUUACAAUACUGAUUACAAUUAACAUUAGAUGAAGACACUUGGAGUUCAAACAUGCAUCUGUUUAAUUUAAACAUGCACUCAUAACUGUAAACUGUAGGCAUACCAUUUGGAAAUAGAUACUCCAGUAGUUGAAGUUGAGUGACCAGUAGCUAUCUCAACCAUUGUUAGUUUGCACUUAAAGUGUAUUUUCCCCCUUCUCUCAGUGUUGUUCCCCCCCCCUUUGCUAUUGAGAAUAAGAAAGUUGUACAUGUCCUGCAUGAUAAUGUGUCUGGGAAUCAUGGAACAAUGUUUUCUUCUCCCACACUGAGACUGAAAGGGUGCAUAUGUGGCUUUCUGAUGAACAUGAUCAUAAAUCAGUGAAAGUCAACUGUGCUCAAAAUUGUACCCCAACUUGCAAUUUGUUGUAUAAUCUGCUUUAUUGGACUGUCAAAUAUCAAAUAUUUGCAGAAAGGGCAGACCUUUACAGUGACAGACAUAUUGUGAGGUGCUAUGAGAUUUACCCAAUCUGACCUGUAUUGCUUCUGUCCCAUUUUUGUCUAUGGUGUGAUUGUAUAAUUUAUACAAGAAAAGAGGUUGGUGCAAGAUAUGCUGUGAUAAGAGAUAUAGAGACAAGUGGGUGGAUUGAGAGCAGGGUUUUCUUCACUUGCAGACGAGGAAGGCUGAAGAGACUGUGACUCACUGUCAGAUGUCUGCGACUGGGUGAUGAUCCUGGAGCGACUCUGGACUCCUUUAAAAUCCCCUCAGCCAUUUCAUGUUUACUGAAAGGAGUUUUAAUUUGCUGAGGUUUUAGAUGAAACCCUAAGAGAGCUGACACGAGAGGCAUAAUCACACUGACAUUUUUGGAGAUGUUAAGCCUGCAGAAGAUGCGUGAGCAAUCAAUGUUCAUUCAUUUCAUCACUGCAGCAUUGUUCAGAAGUGCAACAAAUUCACUUCCAUAUAGCUAAAAUGGAAUCACGCACAUUAUAGAGGAUACAUUUUGAAAAAGGGAAUUUAACACUGCUCCCAAUUUGCCCUUUUGGAUAGAAAAUCAUUUAAUUUACAGGCUAUAAACAGGGAACCUACUAUAUCUGCCCUGUUUUAGCACUACAAAUAAUAAACAAUUACAAAACUUUUUUUUCAGUUAGGUUAUUUGAAGCUUCUUUUUUUAUACUUUUUAAGGUUAAUUUAACAAUCAGAUACCGUUUAAAGCAAUCAAUAUUAUAUAGAAAGGGUUUGUGCUCUCAUUUCAGUCCUUUGGAUUAAAACAGAGGUGUGCAUAUUUGGAACUGAAUUAAAAUGUAUAUCACUUUUUGGAUUUUCUUCCACAAGUUAACCACUUGUCAUUAGCCUACACAUAAAUAGAGGCUCUUAUUGGUAGUUCUCUCUCUAAUUAUCUUGGACACCUGUGGUGGCACUUUAGAGUUUACUAUAUAAAACUGCAAUCUGCACAUAAUGCCAAAAUAUUUCAAUCGCUUAGUCUCACCUUGACUAAAAACCAUAUCUUUUGAGAAUGUAGUUAGUCUGACCUCCAUAAAAUGUUAUCCUCCAUAGAGAUUAUAAUUUUUUAAAAUGUAAUUAUGUAACACAAUUAAUUAAUACAUUGGCCUUCUGUAGUGAGCACUUUAUCCAGGAAUAUGCCCACAUAUUUGCGUGACAAACUCUAUGACAAACUGACCAUCUAUAUCUUUGAGUAAAUAAAUACAUAAAUGCAUAAAUAAAAUGAGGGGAGAGCAUCAGUAUUUUACAAUCUAUCAGCUAGUGCUGUAACUAACUAAAUUUACAGUGCCAUGAAAAAGUAUUUGUCCCUGCCUGAUUUCCACUAUUAUUGCAUAUUUUUCACACUGAAUAGUUUUGGAUAUUUAGACAAAAUGUAAUAUUAGACAAAGGGAACUAAAGUAAACCCAAAACAGAUUUUAAAAAUUAUUUCAUUUUUUAAGUGAAAGUUAUCAAACACUCAUAUCACUCAUGUGAAAAAGUGAUUGCCUCAUUAAACUUAACUUUGGCUGCACCAACUUUAGCAGCAAUAGCUGCAACCAAACGCUUCCUAUAAUUUGAUAUCAGUCUUUAACCUUGCUGUGGAGGAAUUUUAGCCCACUCACCUCUGCAGAACCGCUUUAAUUCAGGUUUUCGAGCAUUGGCUGCUCGUUUCAGGUCCGACCACUGCAUAUCCAUUGGGUUCAAGUCAGGACUUGACUUGGCCACUCCAAAACUUUAAUUUAGUUUCUUUUCAGUAAUUCAGUUGUGGACUUGCUUUUUAGUUUUGAAUCGUUGUCUUGUUACAUAACUCAAUUAUGCUUCAGCUCAUGAACAGAUGACUGGACAUUCUCUUUUUUUUUUUGAUUUUCUGGUACAGGGCAAAAUUCAUGGCAACAAUGGCAAGUUACCCAGGUCCGGGUAGCAUCCCCACACCAUCGCACUAGCACCACCAUGUUUGACUGUUGAUAUGACGUUCUAACUGUGACAGGCUGUAUUUGUUUUACGCUAGACAUAAUGGGACCCAUGUCAUCCAAAGUGUUCAACUUUUGACUCAUCAGUCUAUAGACCAUUAUUUCAAAAGACCUGGGGAUCAUCCAGGUGCAAAUGUGAGAUGAGCAUUGAUGUUUCUCUUGGCUAGCUAUGUUUUCUGCCUUGCUACUCUUCCACAAAUCCCAUUUUUCCCAGUCUCUUUCUUAUUGUGGUGUCAUGAACACUGAUCCUAGCUGCAGUUCUUUGGAUGUUCAUGGAUGACUUGCAGCACCCUUGGAGAAAUUUGGGCACUGCUGAGGAGAUUCUCCACUUUUCCUAGUGUUCUCCAUUUGGAGAUAAUGGCUCUCAUUGUGGUUCGAAGCUAAUAAUCAAUUAAAUUUUGAUAAUUAACUACUGGGGCAAUUACUUUUUCACAUGGGUGUUUAA